AUGGCAGAGGAGGAGCCCUCUAGUGAUGAUAGCUUCAACGAGAUUGAGCCAGCACCUCCAUGCGAUGACGACAAGGCGUGGGAUGGGCCGCCAGGCGAAGCGGCGCAGCUGUCUCAGCUCGAGGCGCUAGCUCCUGCACCAAAGCCGCUGCUUCCCCUCGGCCUGCCGUCCUUUGUUCUCCUAGUGCCCACGCUCGCCACAGCCAUCGCCCUCGACCCCCUGUUUGCUCACGCGCCCGGCGUGCUGUGGCGCGCGUCCUUAGCCGUUGGCUGGCGCUUGCUGUGGCUUUCGCUCCGCUUUGGGGGCUGGGCGCUGCUAGCAGCGCUGGCUUUUGGCGCUGCGUGGCUGGCUUACAAGCUCACGCGCCUGGCGGUGUUUGUGUUCACGUACGCCGACCCGGGCGCGGGGAUUGAGCACGGCUGCAUUCCCGACGACGACGACUCAUGGGACCAUAGGCCGCUGCUGCUGGCGCCUACGCUAGAGCUGCUGCGGUCCCUGGGCGCAGCGGAGCAGCUUGGCGUGCUCGCAGAGAGCGGCUCGCUGCUGGCGCUGCAGCCGGCGGCAUGGGUGCAGGCGCUGGAGGCGGGCGGCGUGCCGGAGGGCUUCCCGCCGGAGGCGGCUGACCUGUACGCCGCCGUCGUCCAGCAGCAGCGGCAGCAGCAGCAGCGGCAGGAGCAGGAGCAGGGGCAGCAGCAAGCGGAGGAGCAGGGGCAGGAGGCGGUCGUCCGCGCCAGCGAUGGGGACGGCCUCGGUUGGGUGCACGCGAGCCCCGAGGUCCGGGAGUGCGUCGCCAUGGGCGCGCCGGCGACCGUCUUCCUGCUGGGCACCAGCCACGUCAGCAAAAAGUCGGCCGAAGACGUUGAGCGCGCCAUCAAGCUGCUUCGCCCUGAUGCAGUGUUCCUUGAACUGGACCCCGCGCGCAGCGGAUUAAUGUUCAGGGACCAGGAACCCGAGGGGAGGGUGGCCCCCACCACCGCGCAGCUGCUGCGGGAGCUGCUGACAGAGAUGGGCAAGAGCGACCGCCCGGACAUGCUGCAGCUGCUGCUCAGCACUUUCUACAAGUCGCUGGAAGCCCAGCUGGGCGUCAAGGCCGGCCUCGAGUUCACGGCCGCGCGCCGCGCCGCCGAGCGCGCCGCGCGCGGGGCCGGCCGCCGCUGGGAGCGGCAUCUCGAGGCGCUGCUGCACGUGCUGCCCGGGCAGGGGCGCGAGCUGGCGCGGCAGCGGGAGGCGGAGAGGCGGCAGCAGCAAGAGCAAGAGGGCGGCGGCGGCAGCGGGGACUAUUAUGGUACGGAGGACGGAAGCUCCUCUGAAGACAUGGGCGGCAGCGCCGGCGUUGGAGCGUUCGUUCAAGAUGAGACGCGGGACACGGAGGAGCUGGGUGCCGAGGCCGGCAGCGCCGCGGCGGCGGCGGCGCCAGCGGGGGAGGCAGAGGCAGAGGCAGGGGCACAAGCAGAGGCGGAGGCAGAGGCAGAGGCGGAGGCAGGGGCGGACGAGGCUGCAGCCGCCGCCGCGGCGGCGGCGGCGGCGGGGCGGCGGGAGCCCGUGGCCGGGAUACAGCUGAUGCUCGGGGACCGGCCGGCGUCUGAGACGCUCAAGGCGAUGUGGGCCGCGCUGCGGCCGUGGCGGCGCAUCAGCUUCUGCUGGGAGAUCUUCAAGGGGCUCUUCGAACCGGUGGGGCCCUGGGGUUUUGACAGAGAUCUUGUGUCGAACCUGGCAUGGCUUUAG